AUGGCCAAAGAGAACUGGUUCAUAUGUUUCAACAUGGUCUUCGUCGAUCAGAGGUUUACAGGUUCCAGUUUCAAGGUGAUGGGGGACUUUCCAGGCACUGCCCACAACGGUGAAUGGGCAAUCGUUGGUGGGACCGGAGAGUUUGCAUAUGCACAUGGUGUCAUCGCCUUCAAGAAGACCCAACAAUCCGAGAGAAACGCUAGGAUCGAGCUUCAUGUUCGUGCUAUGUGCCUCUCCUUCUUAAGACCUCUGCUUUCUCUAGGUGACGGGAGCGCCAUCGCCAAGAUCGGCCCUUGGGGUAAAAUAAGUGCGGACUUACUCGACAUCCCCACGACACCGCAGCGUCUAGAGCGCAUCACCAUCCGCCACGGUGUUGUCAUUGAUUCACUUGCAUUUUCCUUCAUUGACAAAGCUGGUGAACCAUAUAACGUUGGCCCGUGGGGUGGCCCACGUGGGGAUAACAAAGACACGAUCGAGCUUGCCGCUUCAGAGAUCGUUAAGGAAGUCUCUGGGACAGUUGGUGUCUUCGCAGAAGAUAAUGUCGAAUAUAAUGCUAUAGCAUCCCUCACCAUUACCACAAAUGUCCGCACGUACGGUCCCUUCGGAGAAACACAGAGCACCCCUUUCAGUGUUCCUGUGCAGGACAAUAAUAACAUCGUGGGUUUCUUUGCGUGCGCUGGUAAAUACGUGGAGGCGCUCGGGGUUUACGUGCGUUCACCCGUUUCAACCUAG